CAUCAAGAUCAGGAUCAAGAUCAAGCAGACCAACGGGCCCCUACACACCUUCCCGCUGCUCCACACACUGACCUCAAGUGUCUUGCCAUAGCCUCCGCCUGCAUACACGUGGCAGUGACGGGGCCCCCAGGCGUGGGCAAGACGACACUGAUCCAGAAGGUCGUGGGUCGGCUGCAGGAGGCUGAGGUGGCGUGUAGCGGGUUCUAUACCAAGGAGGUGCGGCAGGGAGGCAAGAGGGUUGGCUUUGAUGUGGUCACCUUGAGCAGCAGAGUCAUCUGGAAAAGAAAACUGCUCAGACCCGGGGCGCUGUUCAUGCUGGCCUCUGGGGGCUCAGAAAAGGGGUGGAUGUGGGGGAUUAAUAAAAUCAAUAUUUCUGACAGGGCUGAGGGCAGUGGAGGGCGAGAACCUCGGGUUGGUAACUACGUUGCUGAUGUGGCGUCCUUCGAGUCCCUGGCCCUGUCUCUCCUGCAGACUCAGAGAGCAAGUCCCUCCGUCCUGGUGCUGAAUGAAAUAGGGAAGAUGGAGAUGUUAAGUGCCGGCUUUGUGAGGGGCGUGAGGCAGGCCAUCGCGGACCCCUCCUCAACCCUCCUGGCAAGCAUCCCCGUCGCCAAGGGCAAGCCCAUAGCCCUGGUGGAGGAGAUCAGGAGCAGCCCAACGUUCAUGGUGGUCAAUCUGACCAGAGCCAGCAGGGACGACCCGGCUGUCCUGGAGAAGAUUAUCAGCACCUUAAGAACCUCCCUCGAGAAGUAAUGUUGCUGACACCAACUGCAGGACCUAAGAACCUCUACGAAGAAGUGAUGUUUACUGAUGCCAACUACAGGACCUAAGAACCUCUACGAAGAAGUGAUGUUUACUGAUGCCAACUACAGGACCUAAGAACCUCUACGAAGAAGUGAUGUUUACUGAUGCCAACUACAGGACCUAAGAACCUCUACGAAGUGAUGUUUGCUGACACCAACUACAGGACCUAAGAACCUCUACGAAGAAGUGAUGUUUGCUGA